AUGCCAGCAUUGGACGAUAUCAAAUCUUCGUGGGCGGAUGAAGUUGAGUCGGAUACGGCGUCCCUCCCACCACCAUCUGAAGUUAUCGAAAAUGGGCAAAAGAUCGUAACCGAGUACAAGUACAACAAGGACGACAAGAAGGUGAAGGUGGUGCGCACAUACAAAAUCAGCCGGAUUGUGGUGCCGAAGUGUGUGGCUAGAAGGAAGAGUCUGUCCAAGUUUGGCGAUUCGGCCGGGGAUCGUCCAGGACCUAACCCGCAAACAACCAUGGUCUCGGAAGAUGUUUUCAUGCAGUUCAUCACCAACAAGGAGGAAGAGCAGAAGAAUGAAAAUGUGCUGGAUUCGAUGAAGAACAUCGUCAAGUGUCGUACUUGCGAAGGAGAGCAUUGGUCAUUCCACUGCCCGUACAAGAAUAGCGCGUUCGAUAAGCCCACCAAGCCGGCGGUAGCUCGUAAGUCGGUACCGGAAACAACCACAUCCAGCAAACCGGGCAAAUAUGUUCCGCCGCACAUGAAGGAAACUCAAGGCAAGGCUGGCAUUGGUGGUGCAAUGCGUGGACGUGACGAUACGAGUGCGAUUCGUAUUUCGAAUCUUUCCGAAGCCAUGACGGAAGCCGAUUUGGAGGAGUUGGUUAAAAAAUUCGGCCCACACACCAAGAUGUUUCUGUCUCGGGACAAAAGCACUGGGCUGUGCAAAGGGUUUGCCUAUGUUCAUUUCCGUUCCCGCCGCGAUGCAGCUACCGCGAUCGAUGUUCUCAAUGGUUAUGGUUACGAUCAUCUGAUCUUAAGCGUAGAAUGGUCCAAACCGCAAAACCCACAGUAA